AUGUUGUGGUAUCAUGUCUCGGACCCCAACUCGUACCUCGUCGUCACUGGCGCGGGUAUUGAGAAGGUAAAGGUGACGAAGAAGGCCUUGGUACGUUCCCCGUCUCCAAUAUGCUACAAGCAACCUUUCUGAUCGACCUCCGCCAAUAGGUCAAACCGUUCCAGAAGGUCACCAAGAUCUCCAUCACUCCCUUCGAUUUCAGCAUGUCUCUGCAAGCCAUGACGAGCGAAAAGCUUCAAUUCGCUCUGCCGGCGGUUUUCACCAUUGGCCCAGAAGAUAGCGUUCCCUCACUGACCAAAUAUGCGGUACGUUGACGCUGGCGCCUUGUUUUCUGCCGCGCAAAACUGAUGAAUGGAAGGUGCUUCUUACCGGUGACUCGGACGGUCAGACCGGGACAGCGAAAGGUGGCACGGUUGCUACCGGCCGCAAUCAUGUGCAAGAUAUUGUGAAGGGCAUUAUCGAAGGAGAGACGAGAUCGAUCGUGUCGAACAUGACCAUGGAGGUACGUUGAACAGCGCGGGAAAUGUCUUACUCGGUUGGAUUGUAUGUUGACCUAUGGAAGGAACUCUUCAACAAUCGUCGGCUGUUCAAGGCGCAAGUCAUUGAAUGCGUGCAAAAGGAACUCGACCAGUUCGGUCUCAAGAUCUACAACGCCAACGUCAAGGAACUGCAGGACCAUGGAGACUCCAAGUACUUCGAAUCUCUCGCUCGCAAAGCGCACGAGGGAGCCCAGUCUCAGGCUCAAGUCGACGUUGCCAAUGCUCGCAUGAUAGGGAAGGUGGGUGAAGCUGAAAAGGAAGGCGAGGCCAAACAGAAGAUCGCCAAGAUCUUAGCCAACACCGCGGUGCUGGAGACCGAACGAAAGGUGGAAAAGGCCAAUGCCGACCAGAAACUGCGCACACGAGAAAUCGCCAUCCAGCGGGAGCUGAAUCUCGAGCACAUCGCCGCUCAGCGCGCGGGCGAAGCAAAGGACGCUGAGCUCCAGAAAGCCGUUGAGGAGAAGCGCGCUGAGAUGGAGCUGGAACGUCUUCGUGCUACGACCGUUACCCAGGCCAAGAUCGCAAAGGAGUCUGCGCAGGAGAGGGCCGAUGCAGAUUUGUAUACCAAGGUCAAGCAAGCGGAUGCGCAGAAGUACAAUCAGCAGGCCGAGGCCGAGGCGGUGUAUUUCCGCAACACGCAGGACACGGACGCGGCCAAUUACAAGCGCAUGAAAGACGCGGAAGCGAUGCUGAAUGCGAGGACCAAGGAGGCAGACGCCAUGUACCUGAUGAAGGAACGCGAAGCCCAGGCGACAUACGUGCAGCGCGAGAAGGAAGCCGAAGCAGCCUACGUCGCCCGCAAGCGCGAGGCAGACGGUCUGAGCGAGAUGGCCAAGGCUUACGGUCAACUGUCAGAUGUCAUGGGCGGGCCACAAGGCUUGAUGCAAUUCCUCAUGCUGCAGAAUGGGACGUACGAACGCCUGGCGGCGGAGAAUGCCAAAGCUAUCCAUGGUCUGCAGCCGAAGAUCAACGUCUGGACCACCGGCAACGAAGCUGCGGAUGCGUCGAUGGCUCCGAUACAGAACCUCUUCAAGAGUUUGCCCCCGCUGUUCUCGACCAUCCAGGACCAGACGGGCAUGACGCCGCCGAGCUGGAUGGCCAAUAUGCCCGCGCAGAAUGGCGAUGGUGGCAAGACGCAGGUCUUGAAGGUCGAUCGAAGGAAGGAGAACUUGACGAAUGGGAUGAAGGGAGCCUGA